AUGAAGGCUUGCAAGCACCAGACUGCAGUAAAACUGGUUGUCGUGGACUGCCCACCCGUCACGGAGGUGCUUAUCCGGAGGCCCGACAUCAAGUUCCAGCUCGGCUUCAGCGUGCAGAAUGGUGUUGUCUGCAGCCUACUUCGUGGUGGCAUUGCCGAGCGCGGUGGCAUCCGCGUGGACCACCGGAUCAUCGAGAUUAACGGUGAAAGUGUUGUAGCCGUGUCACACGACAAGAUUGUCAACACGCUGGCCACGGCCGUCGGGGAAGAUUGCUUUUGGACCCCUGGUUUCUAUUGCUUCCUCGGAUCCACUAUUGACAGUCGGAUCUUUCGCGGAGCCGGAAAUCUCAAUGACGGCAUGACACAACAUUGA